CUGGGGAAGGCUCAUUGUGAUGCAUACUGCUGAAAGCGAGGAUAUAGGCACAUGCGCACAGUGAUCUGGUCUGAAAAUGAGACGUAAAGCCCACGAACGUUCUAUGCAGGAGCAGAAGGAGGACCUGCGGAAGCACCUGUCCUACACUACCCAUAAACUGGAGAUGCUGGAGAGUGAGUUUGACUCCACUCGUCAGUACCUGGAGACUGAGCUCCGACGCGCACAGGAAGAGCUGGAGAAAUUCACUGACAAGCUGCACAGGAUACAGAGCAGCUAUGCAGCACUGCAGAGGAUAAACCAGGACCUGGAGGACAAGAUUCACCGAAUGACACAGCAAUAUGAGGAAGAGAAAAGGGCACUUAGCCGUGAGAUCAUCGUACUCAAUAACCACCUGAUGGAGGCCAAGAUCACCAUUGAAAAGCUAAGAGAAGACAAUGACCUGUACAGGAAGGACUGCAACCUUGCUGCUCAGCUCCUGCAGUGUGGAAAAUCCCAUUACAGAACACACAAGCUUUCUGAGCUGCCCACUGACUUUCAAGAGAGGGUGAGUUCUCACAUAGAGAAGCAUGGGCAUGCAAGGAGCAUGGGCCUGUGCCACACUCCCUACUCUGAUGUUGUGCCUACGGCGAUCAUUGCCAAGAUACUGGAGAAGCCUGAGCCAGGUAGUAGCUGCCCAGUGACACGUUCAUCCAGCCCACAGAGCAGAGACUCAGACAUCCAGACAAACAAUGGAAUGGGCAUUGUGGACACCCUCCACCGCCGUGUGGUCUACAAAUCUUCUGACCUGUACUGUAGUGACACAGCACUAUAUUGUCCCACAGAUGACAGGCGACAUGACCGCUGGCAACAGCGCAGACAAAGCGUGGACUUGCAUGGCAAGGAGACCAGGCUUCUCCAAGCCCAGAACUCCAUCGACACCAAUCCAGAGGAGGAAAACUUCCACCCCAGCUUUUCCCACAAUGAUGUUCCUUUUCACAAAUUUACAGCUGGAUCGCCUCUAGCCUCCAGCUCCUACUCAAGCUUUAGCAUGGCCUCAGAUGAAAAGGGCAAAGCUCCUAGCAGCACCCUUUCCUCCUCUCACCUAGCUCUGUACAUGGACUGGCGAGAGGGUGAUUAUGAGCGGAAAAGCACAUCCUCAAAUUACAAAGACAGCCCUGGGUUUCCUAAGUCACGCAGCUUCCAGCACAUGGCCACUAGCCCGCAAAAGGGCAACUCUCCAGCCUAUACGCGAACGGCGUCCUGCUACAGUGAGCCAUACCACUCACCACAGCUCACUGCCUCCCACAGCAUGAGCUCUUCUGGUGUUGCAAGAGAAACCCACAGCAGCAUCCACAUUCCUGAGGAAGAGAUGACAGGGCGCUGGAGGCAGCUGAGCGUUGAGGACAUCAACGCCUUUCCCUAUCACAGCCCUGGCCGCAUUUCCCCUUACAGCUUGUCUGAGCAGCACUUUGCAAUGGGCCCUACGAUCAAGCUGAGACCCCUAUACAGCAGCCUCCAGGAGGGAGAUGAUGUCUUCCGUGCCUAUAUGCUCGAUUCCUGCUUCCCCACCUCUCCUGGCUUGAACCCAUCACCAAGCUCCAAACACAGUCUUGGUCUGUUGAAGCCUGAAAAGGCACCAAUGUACCAAUCAGAAGACAGCAGUAAGUCCAAGAACAGUCUCUUCCUUCACAGAAGCUUAAAAGACAAGGCGAACACAGAGGGAAAUGUGAACAAAGAAUACACAGAUGCAAGCCCCAACAGCUCAGCUGAGUCAUUACACCAAAGUCCACUGGAGGCAUCCAAUACGCAGCACUACAAGCUCCAAAGUCCUGGGCCACACAGGAAGACUUCUCCACAGCACCAAAAACUUGGAACCACAGGACUAAGUAGAAAGGACAGUCUCACUAAGGCACAGCUGUAUGGAACACUGCUUAACUGAGCCAGUUUUCUGUGAUCUAACAGUUACUACCAGUGUUGAUACUGGCAGUUACAAAUGCUCAGCUUGUGAAUUAAGCAUUCUGAAACAUAACCAAGUAAGGUUUAUGAUGAAUGGUGUAAA